UGAAUGAUCAAAAUACAGUGAUGCUGUUUGAUUGAUAUAUGUCUACUUUUACUCUGCAAUCAAGUACUUACUAUCUGCAAAGACUGUGGUUCAUCAUAUAAUGCUUAUUGUUUACAUUUGGCAAACAAUCAGUAACCGAACAAAACAAGUAAUCGAUAUUCUUUAGGUUACAUCUAAAAGCAAUGCUGGACAGUAGAUCACACGAAUACAAAGGCAGAUGUUUGAGAAAAACUGCAGUCCGUACAAGAGUGAACAUGUUCAGAAAGUAGGGAUAUAUAGGUCAUAUCAAAUAUACAGUAUAUGUUAAUAUUUAACAUCUUUUUUAUGGGGCUCUUUUAGUGCCUCUUGGCCAGUAACUUUUUCAAAAAUAGUUUAUUACAGUAUUUAGAUUUGUAUCGUCUUCCUUAUCUUUCUUAUUCCUGGGUGCUUCCACUGUCAGGGUGAAAAACAACUACAGUAUCUUCAUCUUGUGCUUGUUGAUCAACGUCGCCAUGGCUGACAAAGAACCCGAAGCCCUGAAAAUGAAACGGGAAAUAGGGCUGAUUGGCGGUGUAGCACUUGUUUCAGGAACUAUGAUUGGAUCUGGUAUAUUCAUGUCACCACAGUUUGUACUGGGCUAUGUGGGAAGCCCUGGUGCAAGUCUGGUGAUCUGGGCUCUUGCAGGAGUUGUAGCCAUGACUGCAGCCCUGUGCUACACCGAGAUUGGGACCAUCAUUUCUGAAUCUGGUGGGGACUUCAUCUACAUCUUGAGGAUCUAUGGACCAUGUCCUGCCUUCUUUGCUGCGAUCACUUUCAUCCUGGUUGUGAGGCCGUUCGGCAUUGCAGCUAUGGCAAUAAGCAUUGCAGAGUAUGUCACAGCACCUUUUUAUACAGAUUGCCUUCCUCCUCAGAUUGUAGUGAAGUGUGCUGCAGCUGUGGCUAUUCUGGUUGUUGCCUUUGUAAAUGUCUUAAAUGUCCGUGUGGCCAUUAGAAUCCAGGUGGUCUUCUUGGUGGCCAAGGUGCUAGCGUUGACUUUUAUUAUAAUUGGAGGCAUAGUGAAGGCCAUACAGAACAACAAUGUCAUUGUGGAAAAUCUAAAAGUUGAGCAUGCUUUUAAAGGCACUCGGUACUCUUUGAGCACUCUAGGAAUGGCUUUUUAUCAAGGUUUAUGGUCUUAUGCUGGAUGGUACAACCUGAACUAUGUCACUGAGGAGCUCAAAAGACCAGAGGUGAAUCUUCCCCGGGCGGUAAUAAUAGCCAUUUCCCUGGUGACUGGUUUGUAUCUGCUGGUGAAUGUGAGCUACCUGACAGUAAUGACGCCUAAAGAGCUCAUGUCUUCCACUGCAGUAGCAGUGACCUGGGGGAAUAAGGUGUUAGGCAGCUGGGGCUGGAUCAUGUCAUUGGCUGCAGCACUUUCUGCUUUCGGUUCCUUGAAUGGUACGUUCUUCAGCGGUGGCCGUGUGUGCUUCGUUGCUGCCAGGGAAGGACACAUGCCAGAUAUUCUGGCUAUGGCUCACGUCCGCAGACUGACUCCGUCUCCAGCCCUGAUCUUCACAACCAUCGUCUCUCUCAUCGUGCUGAUCCCAGGAGACUUUCAGAGUAUUGUCAACUUCUUCAGUUUCACUGCUUGGUUUUUCUACGCCAUCACCCUGUCGGGACUUCUCUAUCUCAAAAUUAAGAAGCCGGAGCUCCCGAGGCCGUAUAAGGUGCCAAUUAUCCUCCCCAUACUGGUCCUCAUCGCAGCAGUAUUCCUGGUGCUGGCCCCUAUCAUAGACGACCCUCAGAUUGAAUACCUCUAUGUAGCUCUGUUUGUCUUAAGUGGUGCUAUAUUAUACGUACCGUUCAUCCAUUACAAGCUCUGCCCAGGACUGCUCACAAAGUUAACCGUGUUCCUGCAGCUGUUCUUAGAGGUCGCCCCAGCAGAGAAAAACCUUUGAUUUGGGCAGACAAAUCAAAAAAAAGAAAGAGGUGUUUUUUCAGUUUUAUUACUUUUCAAGUGCACCUGGGUUUGGCUAACUACCUCCCAUUUCUACUAUUACAGGGUGCACAGUUAUAACAGUGGCAGAAGGGUGCAGGUAACCACAAUCUGCCUGGAGAGUGCUUCAAUAAGUAUUGAUAAGUUUGGUUGUACAUAAAGGCUUUGUUUUUAAUUUCAAAGAUCACAUGUGGAAAGAAACUACAUUUUAUUUGUGAAAUCAAACGUUUCAGUCUGUGUUGUGUCUAUUGUUUUUUUUAUAAUAGAUAUUUGUUGCAAUAGAUUUAAGAUUUCAGAUAUAUGAAAAUGGCAUACUUGGUAAACACCUUUAAAUGUUGCUCCUUGAAUAGAUAAACAUUCUGAUUUUAGGGGAACAAGAAGAGAAUGCACCAUGACAGGAGCUUCUGUCAUGGUGCAGAAAAUGCUGCCGUGCAACAAACUCACUGACAUCACAAUGAGUAAAGCACUCCAUGUUACACUGUAGUAACUCUGAGUGGAUCCGUCAAAACAACUAUGUCAAAAGAAGCUUUUCUGCCUGUAGCAAUUUCAAAUAAAACAUGUUUCAGUUAAAUAA